AUGUCAAAAGAUUAUCAAGAUAGUAAAUCAUGUCGACAAGAAGUGAUGUAUGCAAAACAUUCACUUAAAAAACGUUUUAUUCCAAUAUACAUCAAAAAAGAUUUUGUAGCAACUGGCUGGUUAGGUGUACGUAUUGUUGGCCCACAAUAUAUUCGUUUUGAAAAAAAAUCAUUUAAUGAUACAAUUAAAGAACUUAUUAAACUUAUUAUUGAAGAUAAAAAACAUCAAGAAUAUGAUAAAAAAAAAGUAGCUGAACCUUCAACUACUUCUCCUCGAGUCCUUGAAAAUAAGCCAAUUGAAAAUACAAAUAAUCAAAUAAAACCUAAUGAAGAUAAUCAUAUUAAAGCUAAUCGAAAAUCUUCAAAGAAAUCAGUAGAACAAUGGACAAAAGAAGAUAUUGCACAAUGGUUUGAUGAUAAUUGUAUUCAUCAAGAAUUAAUUGAUUUGUAUGAUUUUCGACAUGGUAUAGAUCUUCUUCUCUACGGACAAUGUCUUCGACCUGAUUGGCAAAUUGAAUAUAAUGCUAUAAGCGAACGAUAUGAAGAGAAAUAUAAUACAAAAUUAUAUCGAGAUCAAUUUGUUCGUUUUGUCGGUGCUGUUAAUAGAUUGCAACCAUCAAAUUCAAAAUUAUGUAUUAUCUCCUAA